CACUUACACUGGACGUGCAACCGCAAGAGUACCUGCCGACCAGCACUGCCAUGGGUUUUUUGGUUAUGGUGCACGGACGUGGCUUCAGGGCUGACGCGUGCGCCGACUCCGUCUUCGCACAGCCUGGUUACAUCACAUACAUCGGCCUGAUACAGCGAAGGCGCGCAGCUCUUCCAGAGCCAUAUCAGCCUCCAUGCAGAGACACCUGGCCCAGCAGACUCAAGUACUAUCUGCAAAACACCACGCGCUACACUCGCGAAGACUGCUUGAAAAUAUGCCACCAAGAAAUGAUCCGGUCCAGAUGCAAGUGCGAGUCCCAGAAUUUGCCCUUCUCUUCACGCGAGGACCGUUUGAAGACGCCUGUGCCCCCGUAG